AUGUUUCCGGCGGUUGAUCAGGUAUUACCGGUGAUGGAAGAAUACUGUUUGGUGGUUGAUCAGGAAUCACUGGUGAUGGCAGAAAACUGUAUCACUGGCGGCUCGUCUGAUGGCGGAAAAAUGGGGACAAGUGGUGUAGCUGGAGGCAAAUUUUGUUCCGGCGGCGGAAGAGUAAAGAAUGGAGGUGGUGAAAAUAUGGGGACAAGUGGUGUAGCUGGGGGAAAAUCUUGUUCUGGUGGAGAAAAUAUGGGGACAAGUGGAGUUUGCGGUGGAAAAUCUGGAGGGGAUAACCAUGGGAAGACAGGUUCCUCCGGUGGAGGUGGCGAAGCAACUAGUGGUGGAGGAAAUAUUAUGAAGGGAGGAGAUUCUGGAGGAGGUGGAGAUGGAACUAAAGGUGGUGGUGGAAUUGGCGGCGGGGAAGAAGGUGGUGGUGGAGAUGGAACUAACGGAGGAGGUGGUGAAACUGGAGGGGAGGCUGGUGGUGGUGAAGCUGGAGGAGAGGCUGAUGGUGGUGAUGGCGGAGGAGAAGAGACUACUGGUGGUGGUGAUGGUGUUACAGCCGGUGGAGGAGAGGAGACAACUGGCGGAGGUGAUGGCGUUACAAGCGGCGGAGGUGAAGGUGUUACAAGCGGCGGAG